AACAAGUGUUAAGGCAAAGAAAGAAUCCAAAAUGUGAACAAAGUAAACAUCUAAUCUGAGCUAUAUGAAAAACUAACUGAAAAUGAAAAAGGAGCUGAGAGAAGUUUUAGGUGACCAAAUCUCAUUCUGAUUUAAUCCAAACACCGCCUGAUCCCCUGGUCAUCUAUUAUCCCGGACAGCCCCGGUUAGUGUUUAAUCCUCUAUCCGUCCCUGCUUUGCAUGAGGCCGCCAGCUGGGCUAGUCCGUGAACGCACCUCCCUCUUCCUGAGUGGCUUUUCUACUUUUGUCGCAGCACUGAAAGAGAUCGAGUGCUGAGUGAGUCUGAUAAGCCUCAGUUCUGUCCCCAGGUCAAGGCCUUCAGUGCACACGGUGAGGGUGAGGGGGUCGCCGAGGAUUACAGCAGGUGUGAGGAUCAAAUCAGACACCGAGCUGUUGGUGAAAGUCGACUGGAAACUGGGACAAACAUCAGCGCUGUUUCCCACGGACGAAUCUCCCCAAACGCGAGAGGGGUGUGAGUGUUUUCUUUGUGUUUUUCAAGGGGUCCCAUCCACUGACACAUACUCCUCCUCAGCAGCAUCCUGAGCGGGUCUUCUAGGCAUUUCCACCGUGAACGAGCAACAGGCUGAUCAGCAGCAGUGUGAAGGCGAGUGAAGCCUGCCAUGCCGAGCAAAAGCCAGUAUCUGCGUCCCCGGCUGUGCACGCUGGAAAAGGGGGACAACGGCUACGGCUUCCACCUCCACGGGGAGAAAGGUAAGACGGGGCAGUUUAUCCGGUUAGUGGAGCCAGAUAGUCCGGCAGAAAGCUCGGGGCUCUGCGCCGGAGACCGCCUGGUGUUCGUGAACGGGGAAGACGUGGAGAACGAUAGCCACCAGCAGGUCGUGUCCCGGAUUCGGGCCACCGUGAACCGCCUGGAGCUCAUAGUGAUGGACCCGAACACGGAGCAGCUGCUGAAGAAACACAACAUGAAGUGUCUGAAGGAGUAUGUCACCGACGGUGUCCCGUUACCCUUCGACGAGGAAGAGGAGGAGGAGGAGGAGGAGGUGGUAGUGGUGAAGGAUGAUGGGGAGGUGGAUGGGACGGAGAACGGGGAUGAGAGGCACGCCAAGCGGGACGAGGUGGAGGAGGAGGGGGGCAUACCCAGGGAGUCCACUCCGGUCCCGGAGAGUAACGGAGAAAUUGACAGGCACGUCGACAAGAAGCUGAACCUCAGCUCUGAGAAGGAAGUUCGCACUGAACUGCGGCCACGUCUGUGUGUGAUCCAACAAGGGACUAAUGGGUAUGGCUUCAACCUGCACAGCGAGCGGGCGCGGCCUGGCCAGUACAUCAGAGCUGUGGAUGAAGACUCUCCAGCAGAGAGGGCGGGCCUGCUGCCCAAGGACAAGAUAAUACAGGUGAACGGUGUGUCAGUGGAGGCGAAGACACAUUCAGAAGUAGUUGCUGCCAUUAAAGCUGGUGGGAAAGAGACGCGGCUGCUGGUGGUGGACCCUGACACGGACGCCUUCUUCAGGAGGUGCCAAGUGGCCCCUACCACAGACCACGUGACAGGUCCACUGCCAGAGCCUGUCAUUAAUGGACGAAUGGAAGAGAAGGUGAACAGUAGAGGAGCCAAAGAGGCAGAGAGAGACUCAAAGGUGUCAGUCAGUCCUUCUCCAUCCAACGCCUCAUCCAACGCCUCGCUCACAACCCCACCCACAAACACCCCACCCGAGGGUUUCAUCGCUGAUUCCAUCCCAGCUUUCAACCUGACCCUGCAGCAGGUCAAAGAGCUCACCCACCAGAAACGCUCCAACAAGAGAGCUCCGCCCAUGGACUGGACCAAGAAAAAUGAACUCUUCAGCAACCUAUAAGGCACCUCAGAUCACCCAGCACACUCACAUACUCACAGAUUUUUAUGAUGAUGAUGAUUCUUACAGAGACAUCAGAAAGAUGUUUUUUAUUAUCAUGACCUUAAAAGAUCAGUUUAACUUUGGGCAGCACUCAAACUUGAAGCCAUUCUGUAAAUUCUUAUUAUAACUCUUCAUUUUAUUAUAACCCAAAUAUGUUAGUUUGUAUAAUGUGCUACUAACAAUGAAAGAUGUCAAUGAAAGAGGACUAGACCAUGUUGAAAAUGUAAGUUUGUGUGUGUCGCUUCCUAUGUCAUGUGCAUAUGGGGGCAGGCUUUCCUUUGUGCGUGCAUGUAUGUGUGGACCCUGACAGUCCCUGCUGGCCAGAGUCUGAUGCCUGUGGAAACAACGAGGAGUGGAGCGUCAUGCUCAGCUUAACAACCCCGCUUAUCUAGCUUAAACAUUUAUACUAACAUUUAAAACAUUAAAGUAUAUUCUGCAGGACCAACAACAUAUUGUACAACCAGUCUGACAAUCAGGUCUUCAUUUAACUCUAGUUGACCUUAAUAUUAGAUUAGGAAUCAA